AUGCCCUCCAAAGCCUCUUCCGCCCCUCGGGUGCUGUACUGGUUCCGCACCGACCUGCGCGUGACCGACUCGCCCGCCCUCACCCGCGCGCUCGCCCUCAAGCCGAGCACCUUCGUUCCCGUAUGGUGCUGGGACCCUUCGUACAUAUACGGCCACCGCGUCGGGCUGAACCGCUGGCGAUUCCUCCUCGAAAGUAUGACCGGUCUCUCCGACGCGCUGACCGAGCUCAACCCACAGCAAAAGCUACAUGUGGUUCGCGGACGACCGGAACAGCUGCUUCCUAUCCUCUGUCGGCAGUGGGGCAUCACGCAUGUCGUCUGGGAGAAGGACAGUAAUGCUUAUGCGAAAGAGAGAGAUAGGAAGGUCAAGGAGGUGCUCGCUAAGGAAGGGGUGGAAGUUGUGCAUGAGGGUGGGAGACACCUGUAUGAUCCGGACGAGAUCAUCAAGGGGAAUAAGGGCAAGCCGACGAUGACGCUGCAUCAAUGGCAGAAGUUGGCGGAGAAGCUGGGCGAAGACAGCGACUGGAAGUUCCACUGGGACAAGGUGGACUUUAAUGCUGAGAUUAGGACUGGAGUGGAUACCUGUUUCGACAAGCUCUGCGGCCCAAAUCACGAUUUCGCCGUCCCUACCAUGUCCGAAAUGGGCUACGCCGAAGCCACCACCACCGUGCGGGGCGGCACCGCCGAAGCGCACAAGUGCCUCGACAAUUUCCUCGCCGAUACACUACAUGUAGCGACCUUCUCCAAGCCUCACACAGCACCUACCUCGCUCGAACCCAGUACAACCCUCCUCUCGCCCUACAUGAAGUUUGGAUGUAUAGGCGUGAGGGAGAUAUGGUGGGGGAGCAAGAAGGUGAUUGAGGAGUGGAAGAAGAAGGGGAGUAAAGGCGGGAAAGAGACCAAGGAGCCGGAAAACAUGUUUGGGCAGCUGCAGUUUAGGGAUAUGUACGCCUGUGCUGAGGCAGCGGGGGCGCACUUUGAGCGGAUAAGAGGGAAUGGAGUGUGUCGGUAUAUAGAUUGGAAGUUGCAAAAUCAGUAUGAUGAGGACGGGAACGAGAUUCUGCCGAGACCAAAAGAGGAUGAGGUGGAUGAGGAGCGAUUCUUGGCGUGGAAGGAGGGACGAACGGGGUUCCCGUGGAUCGACGCCUGUAUGCGCCAGCUUAAGAUUCAAGGGUGGAUACAUCACCUCGCGAGACACUCUGUUGCGUGCUUCAUUACACGAGGCCAGUGCUAUAUCUCCUGGGAAAGAGGCAUGGAGGUAUUUGAUGAGUAUCUAAUAGACUGGGAUCCUGCGAGCAACCCGGGGAAUUGGAUGUGGCUGUCAUGUUCAGCUUUCUUCUCUCAGUACUUCAGAGUAUAUGGACUAGAAUCAUGGCCACUACGAACCGACAAGUCUGGCGCUCUUGUCAGAAAGUACUGCCCAGAACUCAAAGACUUCCCAGAUAAAUACAUCUACGCUCCGCACAAAGCCCCAGUCGACGUCCAGCGCAAAGCCAGCUGCAUCAUCGGCGAGCAAUACCCCUUCCCGAUGCUGGACGAGCACAAGGAGAAGGACCGGUGUAUCGCGCGUAUCAAGAAUGCUUACCAUCUUGGCUUCCACGGGGAUAGUACGGAAGUGUUGGACGGUAAUGGAAAUCAGAGCCUGGAUGGGUUUGUGAAGAAGGCAAAGGUGGCGCCUGCUAGCAAGGGGAAGAAGAAAGCCUGA